AUGAUAAUUUUAGGCUACUACGCGGGUCACCGCCCGGUGCUCACGGUAGCCGAGCCCGAGCUCAUCAAAUCCAUACUAAUCCGUGACUUUAACUCGUUUACUGACCGUAUUGUCAGUCGUCCCAAAGACUCCAAACAGGCCCGCAGUAUAUCGCAAGCUUGUGGGGACGACUGGCGCCGCCUGAGACAUAUAAUCAGCCGGGCCUUCACUACGGGACGUAUGAAACGCAUGUACCCGUCCAUCAGGCAAUGCCUACGCGACUUCCAGACUCAUUUGGACGCCUGUGCUCAGGAUCGUAGGCCAUUAAAUGUCAUGGAGAUGUUUGGCAAUUUCAGCAUGGACGUAAUGGCUACCUGCGCGCUUGCUACUAAAACUAAUGUACACAAUGAUAGAAAUAAUCCAGUAGUGAGGUAUGCCAAAAGUUUACUGGACGUUAAGUGGUGGAAAAUGAUCGCAAAACUAGCCCUACCGUCCCGUUGGUUGGCGCGCCUGACGGUCACCAAUACUGGCCAACCGGAAGAACUCGUUUACUUCAAUAAACUAAUGACGGAUAUCAUCGAAACGCGCAGUAAGUUUACGGACGCCUCCAACAAGUAUACGGACUUUUUGCAGACCCUAUUGGACGCUAAUAAGGAUUCCGACGCAGCGCCUGGAGUUUAUAAGUCUAAUGAAGAACCGAAUAAACCUUUGAAGGGAACGGGAGAUAAGACACAAAUCGUUUCAUUAAAAAAUCAUUUGAGUGACGAUGAGGUGCGCGCUCAGAUAUACUUCAUAUUGACUACAGCCUACGAUACCCUUAAACGCACCCUGGCCUAUGCCAUUUACGAGCUGGCCAUCAACCCGCACCACCAGCAACGCCUAUUUGUUGAGCUCCGGGAGAUAUUACAACCUGACGGCGACAUUGACUACGACGUCCUACAGUCCCUACCAUUUAUGGAGGCAGUGGUAUCCGAGACCAUACGCCUACACCUGCCGGGUUUGCGAUUCAUACGACUGGCCACCAGGGAUUACACAUUAGGGACGACUGGGAUAACUUUGCGUAAAGGGGAUCAGGUGGACAUACCUGCCUACGCCAUGCACCAUAGCCAGGAGUAUUUUAAACAACCGUUCCAGUUUGACCCGGAUAGGUUUUUCGAUCCCGAGCGCCGGCAGAUGAUUAAACCCUACACAUACUUACCCUGGGGUGCUGGCCCUCGAAAUUGCAUUGGUAUGCGGAUCUCGCUUCUGGUGAUUAAGUUAACGUUGGCUCACGUCGUACGCCGUUACCGGUUGUACCGCACGGAGGAUACAGACGUUCCGCUGCAAUAUAAACGCAAUUACCAGAUGACGCACACGAAACAGGUUAUCGUGGGUAUUGAGCGCCGACCCCAUUAA